UCGCUUUAUAUCCAUUUUCUAUUCUGUGAAAUCGAUAUUAAUUUGUAUCGAUAUGAUGAUUCCAACUUGUAAUCGCACUGGAAUAGGAGUAGUUUUCUUCUGCUCUUAUUUAUACUCUUCAAUUCCACUUUUGUUUCUCUAUCCAAGUCUCCUUUUAGGGUUUUAUAUCAACAAUGCUACUAACACAACAAUUUACAUAACCUCUUACAUACAUGUAAAGCUCAUGUAUAAUAGUGUGUGUGGAGCCCACAUGUAUGUGAGAGGUUGUGGUUGGAUUGUUGUGCAAAAAUGCUACUUGCACAACCGUUGUGUUGGUUGUGUACGUAAUUCUGACUGUCCAGAUGUAUUUGGACGGUCUAGAUUUUAAAAAACUCAAAAAUUCCAUACUAAUAAUCCAUUAGUAUCAUUUUUGGUUUUAUAUAUGUGACUGCGUAACACUAUGUAAAGUAAAUUCAUGUUAUUAUUGUGGUCAUAUAUAUUUGGCGUUUUGUUCCUCACGACACCAAUGCUCUAUAUCAUUUUGGAUUCCUUAAAAUAAACUAUGUUUCGUGCAUGUUGACUGUAAGAAAAGCAUGCUCACUAAAAAAAAAAAAAAAAGUCCUUUGAAGUUAUCUUUCUCUUUCUAGAUGUUAAAAGAAACGGCCUCUUUGCGGAUUUUUUAAAACAAGAAUACGUAAGGAAAAGAAAAAAAACAAAAACAAAACAAAUAGCGUUCUUUGUUUUGGUUUGUCUUUCUUCCCUUUAUCUUCACAUCAGUAUAGUUUUGGAAAGCCCUUCCUAAACCUUGGAAAGUGGUUUAGAUCAUUUCUAUUUUGCAAAUUUUGUUGGGCUUGACAAUAGUACGCUCCUGGAGGAUGACCAGUAUGCGAAAACAUUUCUGUGUUGCGUUGUUGUAUCUUUUGUCAUCAUUGUGCAUUGCCUUGAGGUGGAAUUCAGCUCUUAAAAUUGAAACUUAGCGUGCUCUAAGCUUUUCAAAACCCUUGAGUAUCGAGUAAGGGUCAAAAGCCUUACACUUUUAUCUGUUUCUCUUAACUAGAUAUGAGAAAGAAGCUCCGAACUUUUAAUAAUGAUGCUAUUAGAUUGAGCUCCUCUGAGUCUGAUCGUGAAAGCUGGAACGGCGAUGAUGGUAAUCGGCGUGUAUUUGAUAAAGAAAAGGCCUACCGAGCUAUUGGAAUGCUUGUUUGCGCUGAGAAAGUGCCACCCAAGUCAUUUGUAAACAGUAACUUCAAAAGUUUCCUAGCAGUAGUUAAUCCGCUCUUUCAUAUUUCUUUUCCUAAUAUUGAACGCCAUUGCUUGGGGAUUUAUGAGGAAGAAAAAGCAAAAAUUAAGCAAGUUUUGGGAAGUUUUGAAGGGCAGAUCACCCUAUCUUUAGAUGCAUUGAGGCAUGAUGGAAGAAAUGUCUAUGAUUAUAUAUGCCUAACAGCUCAUUUUAUAGAUGGGAACUGGAAACAUAAAAAUUGGAUCAUUAAUUUUAGUCGUGUUUGGUACUCACUUGAUGAACCUCCUGAAAUAGCCAUACUGAAAUCUCUGUCUGACAUGGACAUACUGAGCAAAAUUGCCUCUCUCACUGUGGUAAAUCAUGAAGGUUAUGAUGAAUCAUCUGAAAUCAUUAAAAACAUAGUUCAAGAGAACAAAUCGCUCCAACUUAAUGGUGAGAUUUUCCUUGUGCAUUGUUUUGCUGACACUUUUCGCCUAAUGGUGGAGGAUGCUUUUGAGGAGAUACAUUCAUUUAUCUGGAAGCUUCGCUGUUUAGUGGUCUGCUGGAAAUCACCUCCUCUAUGGCACAUUACACUAGACAAACUACAAGAGGCUAUAGAGCUGGAGUCUAAAGGGCAGUAUUCUGUAGAAAAUGGGUGCUUUCCUGUGGACAUACCACCUGCCAAAGAAUGGAAGAAAGUUAGGAGUGUUUGUAAACUUGUAGGGAGCAUAUAUAAUGCAGCAGAGGUGUUGUUUCAUACAAAAUGUCCAACUGCUGGCAUCUAUCUUCAUAAUAUCUGGGAAUUGCGGGUAAGUUUAAGAAAAGAAUCCACUAGUUCUGACAGAUUCCUGAAAUCCAUGGCUCGGAAAAUGUUAAAGAAGCUUGAUGAGUAUUGGAAAGAUACAUUUUUACUACUGGCUGUUGCUACUGUGAUGGAUCCUCGAUACAAGAUGAUGUAUAUCGAUUUCUCCUCCAUGAAAUAUGAAGGUAGUGGUGGCGAUUCACAAGUUGCCACUGUCUUGAAGGCAGUUCAGAGUCUCUUUGAUGAUUAUGCAGCCCGUACUAUAGAAACGGAGAAUGCUUGGAGUGAUUUACCUUCUGAUCCAAGCUCUUCUGACUCGGAAGAUAAGGUUCCAAGAGAAGUGGAACGACGCAACAAUCCUAGUUUUGGGUUUAAUUGUCUGGAUGAGUAUAACCAGUUCAUCCAGUCUAACAGUCAGCCUCCAAAAUCAGAGCUGGAGCUGUAUUUGGAGGAACCUGUAUUGCCCUGGAGCAAGGAUUUCAAACUACUGAAUUGGUGGAAAGCCGCAAGCCCCAAGUAUCCCAUCCUGUCCAAGAUGGCUCGUGAUCUUUUGGCAAUACCAUUUUCUCUAACUAGUUCCUACGAAGCAUUUUCCUCCAUAAUAAAGAAGCCUGAUAGAGAUCUCAUUUCCUUGAGUCCAGAACUAAUGAAUGCCUUGAUGUGUACUAGAAGCUGGUUUGAGCACGCCAAGCACCACUAAUUGGGGAUAGGUUUGAUUUGGUUUCGUUAGGUACUUUUUUGGAGUUUCUCCUAUCAUCAAGCCUGUGAUGCAACCUCUUCUGGCUAAAACAAAGAGUCCAUUUUGUGGAGCAAAGGGACAUGGUUGGUAGUAUCAAACGUCAAGAAUCCUUCAACUGAUGUUUUUGAACUCCUUUUUCCCUCUCUUUUAGCUGAAUUUAUGGGAAACUUUUGUACCGUGACUUAUUUAUGUAUUUCACUAUUUCUCAUGACUCCCUCUCUACCUUCUUUUGACAUGCUUGGUUUCCAUAUUGGUCUGACAUUGUCAGCUUACAAUUUUCCUAUAUGCAAGUAGGGAAAAUUGAAUACA